AUGGACGUUAUUCUAGAUGUACUUGAUACAUUCUUGCUCGAUCGAUUCUAUGCCUGGGCUCUUCCUGGAGCUCCGACCCUGGAAGGUGUUGCCGAUCCCCUUUGGAAUCAACAUGUCAAUCUCUAUUAUCCUUUACAGCCUUCGAAAUGGGUAGAGGCGAGUCAAUGGAAGCGGGACAAUAUGAUGAGGCAAGCAUUGAGUUUAUUCAUACUUUCAUGGGCAUUUGCAACGAUACUCUACCUUGGCGGUAGCUAUGUCAUGUAUCACACAUUAUUCGACAAAAAGCUAGAACGGCAUCCGCGAUUUCUUAAAAACCAAAUCCGCAUGGAGCUUCACCAAGGCUUGACUUCAAUUCCUGUGAUGUCUGCUCUCACUGUUCCUUUCUUCCUCGCCGAAAUCCGGGGAUGGUCUAAGCUUUAUGACUUUGCCAGUGAUGCUCCGUUCUCGCUGUGGACUUUGCUGCAGUACCCUGUUUUCAUCCUGUUCACUGAUAGCGGAAUCUAUUGGAUCCAUCGCUGGGAGCACCACCCUCGUCUUUACCGGUGGUUGCACAAGCCUCAUCACAAGUGGGUUGUUCCGACGCCAUUUGCUAGUUAUGCUUUCCAUCCGUUGGAUGGAUGGGCGCAGAGUCUGCCCUACCACGUCUUCCCCUUCAUCUUCCCAUUGCAGAAGGUGGCGUACCUGGGAUUGUUUAUGUUUGUUACGAUGUGGACGGUGUUGAUUCACGAUGCCGAGUACGUGACUUGGUCUAAGGUCAUCAACGAUGCCUCAUGCCAUACCAUGCACCACCUCUAUUUCAACUACAACUACGGACAAUAUCUCACUUUGUGGGAUCGCAUUGGGGGCACCUACCGCAAGCCCAAGGGUGACAGCUUUAUGGAAAGUAAUGGAGCAGCCUAUAUGGACAGCCAUGGGUCAACGAAAUUGGUUGGGAAGGCCGAGUAA